GGCGCCGGCCGGCGCGCCGCGCCGAAAUAAUAAAACAGAAACUGCUUACUACUUGAACACUUGAACCAGAAAAUAAUAAGGCGUAGGACGGUAGAGUUGAUUAGUAAAAUUUGUUCUAUCCUACUAAUACAGACCAGGCAGUUGUAUAAAUAGGAGUAGAAAUAGAAAUACCUACAAACGUAUAACUAAACUAAGAAAAAUAUGGAAGGGCGGAAACAACCUGGAUCUUUCUGGCGUAAAAGGAAACAAGAAAAGCAAGAAAGACAAAAUAAAAUUUUGAAAGGUAUACCCAAAAUGACAGCAUUUUUUACACCUGAUGGAAAUCAAGAAGACAACACUACAAAUAUUUCCCAACCCGGUAGUAGUUCUAGUGCUACUAGUGAUAAAUAUAUUCAUAUUCAACCACAUGAACUUAUUUUGGAGACUUCAGAAUUAGUGCCAGAGCCAGAGCACUUAGUAUCACCUGUUUCAAAAGUAUUAGAAUAUGAAGAAGCAACCACCAGUAACUCGGAUCCAAAACAGGAUUUACUUAAUUUUAAAGAUCCGGCACUUUGGCAAGAUUCCCAUAAUUAUGCAGAAAUGAUUCUAGAAAAAUGGGUCGAACAGAAUCUUACAGAUAUGGACUUUUCAAUGUCAAAAAGAAAUUUCGGGGAACAACACAGGUAUGCCGGUAAGCAAAUAUUUUAUAAAAGACUUGUUAAUGGAGAAGUGGUGCGCCGCGAUUGGGCAAUUUACUCCGAGAGCACUGGCAAUAUACUUUGUCUUUAUUGUGUAUUAUUUGGAAAUAAAAAACCAAUUUAAAACAGGAUUUUCAUUAUGGAAUAAAAGUAAGAAAAGAUUAGACGAACAUGAAAGAUCCAAUGAUCAUAUAGAUAAUCUGAAAAUGUAUAUGACUCGCUUAUUAAAGCAAAGAAGAGUUGAUGUAGAACUCGAAAAGGAAAUCAGCACUGCGAAAGAAUAUUGGGUGAAAGUAGUAGAAAGAAUCAUAAGUGUAAUAAAGUUUCUGGCUACCAGGGAAUUGGCAUUUAAAGGUACUCAUGAUAGAAUUGGCAAAAAAGGGAAUGGAAACUACUUAGGUUUACUGGAACUAUUGUCAGAAUAUGAUCCAUUUUUGAAAGAUCAUAUUAAUAAACGAGCAAAGUUAGGUAAGGGCAAAACGUCAUAUCUAUCAAAAGAUAUAUGUAAUGAAUUACUGAAUAUUUUAUCCAAUCGAGUCAUUGAUGAAAUUGUUAGACAAAUUAAGGCAAACAAAUACUAUUCUAUAAGUGUAGAUUCAACACCUGACAUAACACACCAUGACCAACUUACAGUGAUUGUGAGAUAUUGUGACAAUAAAGGGAAUCCCGUGGAAAGAUUCGUGGGAUUUUAUAAAAACACUGGGCAUAGCUCACAACAACUUGAGGAAACAGUUAUUGGGAUGUUAGAGUCUUUGAAAUUAGAUAUUAAGAACUGUAGAGGCAGUCUUAC